AUGGCUCCGGCCUCGCCUUCUCCGAGGAGGCCACCAACUGCUAGGCGCCGAGGGCGACCUCCCGGUACAACCAACGCUGCUCGCGCCGCGCGGGCCGCCGCGCUCGCAGCGGCAGCAGCAAGCGAGCCCCCUCCAAAGAGGCGCCGAUAUGUCCCAGGCGGUCCUGGUGGAGGUGGGCGCUUCAUCGAUUCCGAUAUGCUCGAAACACCGAGUACUUCCAGACCUUCCACGAUAUCGCGAUCACGAACGGCCGCGCGCGAGGCCAUCAAUGGCGACUCUCCCUCCCUGAUGCCACGACGAGAGCGAGGCGCUCGCACACGAGCCGCCGGCAACGACGACCUAGAAGAGAUGCAUUGGGGUUCUGCUGCAGCCAUGGCGACUGCAGUCAAGCAGGCCGAAGACUACAAGCCCCGAGAGGAGCGCAGCUGGGAGGACUUUCACCCCAACCUUGAUAUUGAGGGCAGCUUCUUGGUUCUGCGAUCCGAAGAGGUUGAUGGAAUCCCCCAAGAAACCCCUGAUUCUUCUGCUAUCCAGACCUCUGGAACUCCGAUGAACGAGUCCAUGACUCCGUCAAGGCAGCCGAACCCCGCAUCUACCGGAAACACUCCGAACCCCCAGGGUCGCUCGGACUCGAAUCCCACCGAUGCUGCUGUCGACACACCUCAAAGGCGCCCUCGUCGUCCGACUCGAGAUGUCGUUAGCUUUUAUAGCACCCGGCCUCUUGAUCUUGCUGCGACACCAAAAACGCCAAAAAUCCUGCCUAUACAGAAUCAGACCCCCAAGGAAAAACUGGACCUGAAACUUCCUUCAUAUCGCAAGACUAACCGCAUCGAAUUGUUUGAGAGCAAAACUUUUGGACAGGCUCGAUAUGUCGACAAGGCCAUGAGUAAUGUCGGUUAUCAAGAGAGCGACCACUACAUGCGCCCCGAGCAGAGCCUCAUCAAAUCUGCUGAUGGUAACGCGGAGGAUGAGGCAGACCUGACCGAGGGAGCCGGCUCCGAAGAAGCGGUUCACCAUUCCAGAAUCGGCCGUGUCGAGUAUGACAUGGAUGAGCAGGAUGACAUGUGGCUGGAGCAAUACAACUUGCAGCGCAAGCAAAACCAGCUGGAAGAGAUCCCCCGAGAAAUCUUUGAGAUCACCAUGACCAAGAUUGAGAAGGAGUGGCAUGCGCUGGAGAAGCGGAUACCCAAACCAAAUCCCAAACCACCCCAGACUCAUCGUCCUCGGUCGAGCUCUGCUGCAGCAGUUAACGGCGAGCCGCAGGCGGGUGAGGAGCCUGACUCCAAGUGUGCCAUUUGCGACGAUGGCGACUGCGAAAACACCAAUGCGAUCGUGUUCUGCGAUGGCUGCAAUCUUGCUGUCCACCAGGAAUGUUACGGUGUGCCCUUUAUUCCAGAAGGUCAAUGGCUGUGUCGUAAAUGUCAGCUUUGUGGCCGUGGAGUUCCCACCUGCAUCUUCUGUCCCAACAGCGACGGCGCGUUCAAGCAAACGAAUUCUUCGAAAUGGUCACAUCUGCUCUGCGCCAUGUGGAUACCCGAGGUCUCUCUCGGCAACCAUACCUUCAUGGAGCCAGUCAUGGACGUGGAAAAGGUGCCCAAAACUCGAUGGAAGUUGACUUGUUACAUCUGCCGGCAGAAAAUGGGAGCCUGCAUUCAAUGCGGAAAUAAGAACUGCUACCAAGCAUUCCACGUCACGUGCGCUCGCAGAUCUCGGCUCUUCCUUAAGAUGAAGACGAGCCAGGGUGCCCUAGCUGUUUUGGACGGUGGCAUGGUGCUCAAGGCUUUUUGCGACAAGCAUUGCCCACCAGACUAUGCCCAGGAGAAUGGUGUCCAUCAGGCCACUCGGGCGGCCAAGAAGUUCUACAAGAGGACCAUGAGGAACCGCAUCUGGGCUGACAAUGCCGCGGUUGCUCAUGCUAUUGCUGCUGAGCAACGAAACGCCCUCACGGAGAGCUUCCCCGACGAGUCGCAAGGGGCGGGGAGCAAAAACUCUGCUGCCAAUGGUGGGGACAAGAAGAAAGGCCAGCCGCCAAAGAAUCUGUGGAAGUUGCCAUCAGGUGCCCCCAUCAUACCACAGGCGGUCUUUGAAGUUGUUGAGGCGUCUAUCCAAAGGUUUUCUUUCCGGAAGCGCAAGGAUUAUCUUGGAGAAGCAUGUCGCUAUUGGACACUGAAGCGUGAAGCACGCCGCGGCGCAGCAUUGAUCAAGCGUCUUCAGCUUCAAAUGGAGUCGUUCUCCUCGAUGGAGCUGACACGGCGCGAUUUUGCAGCCAUGGGACCCAGCGGAAAGGCUAGACUUGCCAGACGCAUCCAGUUUGCUGAAAGCUUGAUCAAGGAUCUUGAGCAAGUCAAGGACCUCUCGGACGAGUUGGUUCUGCGGGAGCAACUGAAGAUGGAAGCUGGUGAACUCGAGCAAGAUUUUGUGGAUGAGUGCUACUUCCCGGUUGCAAAGCUCCUCAGCCCUACUAUCGAAAGAGCAAUAUCAUUGGAUAAGGACCUGUUCAUCGAGGGGUUGAAGAAGCUGCAAACUCGCAUCGAAACACGAUUCUACGUAACGGUCAUGUCGUUCGCCACUGACAUAUGCGAGGUAAUACGAAAUGGCAUUGCUACGGCCCCUGACAGCGGGUCGCCGACGGAGGACUCACGAUCUGAGCAUCUCGACGCUUUGCCUGUCAAGAACACAUUCGCGGAUAUCCGGGAACGGCGCAAGCUAGGCAAGCGAAUCCUUAAGGCGGUGCAGCCCUCCUUGGAGGCUGCCCUGCGAGUUGAGUCGGAGAUUUCGCAGAAACCGUUCGAAGGCUUGCAGAACGAGCUGGAGAGCAUGGUAGACCGAAGUAUAGAAGCGGGUCGGCCGUUAACCACAGCGAGCCAAGGGAAGCCAACCGAUGAGGCCAAUGAUACCAUCAUGGUGGAUGCCGAACUUCAAAUUACAGUCAAGGCUGACCCGUCGGAGGGGGAUGUAAUGGACACGACGCCAGAUGGCGAAGUGGAGGGUGGAAAUAUCGAGGUCAGCACUAAUAUCGACGUCGACACUUCAGGUCUCGACAUGGUGGACGAGGAGGAGAAACGAGAUGGCCUUGCGAACGCCGUCAAGUCAUCAGACACCCCCCCAGACACUGACGGAUAUGUGUCAAAGCCUCGGCCAGCUCAAUCAGGACCUCCAACGCCACCACAAUCUAACGGGAGUCUUGGCUUAGAACCACUCGAUCCUCUUACCGAAGGAGGAGUGCUCUGGUACCUGAAGGGAUACGAGCCUCAGGGAACCUCUGUUCUUGGAGAGCAUUGGGCGGGCAGGGACGCCGUCAGAAUGCUCAGCGAAGACCUCACAGACAUGGAUGACGAGGAGCUCAAGGGUUUGGGGAUGGUUGUUGACCAAGCAGCCGCGUCUGUUGUUGUGGAGGCAGAUGAAGCUGAAGAAACCGAAUCUGUCGGCGGUAAGACGAGGGCAAGCAAGGCGAAGAAGCGGAGGACAUCAACUAGGCGAAGAUGA